AUGUCGAGGUAUGCGCAGCUGGUCGCCCUCUCUGGCACCCAGACCGUCAUCGACGACGGGAAGCGUGCAUCCAGCGGUUGUCUGAGGUGCACGCUGUGCGAUCUCGCCUUCAAGGACUCCCUAACCCUGGUGCAACACCUGUCGUCCGAGGCCCACCGCCAGCGGAGCGGCCAGCUCGAAGAGCCCCCUGCUACUGCUGAGGACGUCCGACAGUUCUUCCAGACCCACGCUGAUCUCUCCGAUGCCCCCAGGGGCGACACUUAA